AUGUCAUCACGAAGCGGGCUGAGGCUCGGCGCAGCCUCGAGUUCUUCCUCGAGAGCACAGAGCUUGAGGCCGAGAAGCACCUUGUCACCAACUUCAUCUAAGGCUCUGUCAAGCAAAGCAGAGCUGAGCAAUGCCGCAGCAUCUUCCUCUCGAUCACCCCUGAGCUCAGCUCGAAAAUCAGAUGCGGUCAAGGUGCAGUCUCAGUCUCUCAGAUCGUCAACUUCAGAUGCUGACCGGAGCUUCCUCGCGGUUCAGUCCUUCUUCACGCGCCUUGCAAGGUCGACUCAGCUACAUACAGCGAAUACACGGUCUCUUGCUCAGACAGCACGAUCCUCCCGUCUGUUUCUAGCAUCGCACUCCAAGGGAUCGCAGACUACGUCCAUCGCAAGCCAAGCUCGAGCCUUCCACGCAGCUCGAGCUGCCCGAGCCGAAGACAAUGGGCGAUCAAAGCCGGCCGAUCCAAAGCCGGGAAGUGGUUCUCAGCCCUCAUCGACGUCACACGAGGGCAAGUCAGCAGAAGGCGAGGCUCACAAGCCAACGCAAUCAGAGCCAAAAGAAGAUCCGGUCGGCAGGCCGGCCUCAUCCAGCACAGAGCUCACAACAGCAGAACGUGCCUACCAGCAUUUCGCUAACUACCCUCGAUCCCUCCAGCGCUUAGCAAUACGAGCCGUGCCUGCGUCGACCCAAAGCGGCCAAUCUCGCCCUUCAUCAGACACAGGCAACGAAGCCCUAUCACACGAACACUACCGAUACCGACCCUCCAAAGAAGACUUGCUCCGAUUCGCACAAGGUUUUUGGACCCGACUUCGUAUUCGUUUCAAGUGGUUUACCAUUCGUGGAUUUCGUCGAUUCAACGCAGACGACAUCAGUGCCUUCUUCACUUUGGGUGGCUUCACCACUGCCGUCUUUAUCAUCGUCGGUACCACUACAUUCUUCUCGCUCAUCUUCGCAGCGCUCAAUGCUCUUAACCUGCAGGAAUGGAUCGCGAGAAAGAUUGCAGACUACCUGACGGCAGAGACGGGGGUCACGGUGGUGUUCGAGAGUGCGAUCGUGCCAAAGUGGAAGGAGAGCAAGAUCAGUUUCAAGAAUGUUUUCAUUUCUCGUCGAGCACAUGGAGACAUGGACUCGCUACUCGAGGAAAGGAGGCGAAAAGCAAAGAACGGCGGGGCUGAUCGACCGAACAAGGUCAAGCGUCGAACUGCUGUCACAGCAGGAGACGGUAUGGCGUGGGAAGGAACGCACUAUGAAGAGGUAGAAGAAGUAGCUCCACCCAUGAGUGACGAAGCUCGUGGGGAGGAUCUGGCGGAAGACGAUACAGUCAACACCAACUAUACCAUGUUCGACCUCCAGGUGGACUCGAUUGAUGUUACGCUCAGUCUUCAGCGCUGGUUCGACGGCAAGGGUUUGAUCGAAGAUGCCGUUGUAAGGGGUGUGAGGGGUAUUGUGGAUAGACGCAAUGUUUUCCGGGACCCAAUCAAGCCUUACGAUCCGCGAGCCGCACGUAGACAACCUCGACACGGAGACUUCGAGAUGGAGUCGGUUGUGGUCCAAGAUUUCCUGGUUACUGUAUAUCAACCGAAUGACUUCCGACCAUUCAACUUCAGUAUUUUCAGCGCGCACAUUCCGAAGCUCCGCAAACAGUGGCUCUUCUAUGAUCUACUAAGCGCGGAGUCUAUCACAGGUCAGGUGGACGGAUGUUUGUUCAGCUUGCACAAGCCGCAGAGCAUCAGCCGAACUGUGGAGCAGGAUAGGGAAAUGAUUCAUUCAAAGUGGAAGACUAUGUCUCGUAUGCGAGUCGACGGUGUUAACUUUGACCAUAUUCAGAAUCAGUCCGAUUUGACAGGGCCGAUUUCGUGGAUUCUGUCAGGCAAGUUUGAUGUCGUGGCGGAUAUCAAGUUCCCAAGGGAUUUGGAUGAUGAGGCGGACAUCAAUACUAUCAUUAUCGAGGUGCUGGAUAAUCUUACAGCGGCAUUGUCAGGAGAGCCUAAUCGGGAUCAAGAUGAUGGGCCUAUUCCAGGACAGCAUCGGUUAAGUGGGCCUGCGAUCGAAGCACCUGUUUCUGCUGUUGGGGCGACUGCGGAAAGGAUUAGAAAGGAGAACGAGGAAGCCAGAAGACAGGGCAGAGAACCUGCUGUACGGGCUGAACGCAAAGCUGCAGUUGCUGCUGCCUCCGCCUCUUCCGACUCUGCAAAAACCACUGACACCUCGGACAACGCAGAGCAUCAAAAAGAAAAGAACAAAUCCUCCAUCCCCCCACCAACCGUAGUAAUCGACAUGGACGUCCGAUUCAAAGACAUCAAAGCUGCCGUCCCCCUCUUCACCAACGACAUCUCCUAUUCCACCAACGCCUUCGUCCGUCCGAUAGUUGCCUUUAUGAACGCGAACAAAACGCUCAUCCCCAUCCGUUGUCGAAUCGUAAUGGAUCUCAUCGAAUUCGAUGGCUCCCUCGAUCUCGCCCAGACAGGUUUACUGCCGGUUGUGAGCGAGAAGAUCUACGAAGCGCUGGCAAACCAUGUGGUAAGUCAGAAUGCUAGUAGGGAGAGACUGAAGAAUGUCAGUCUUUGGUCCUUGCAGGUUGGUGCAAAUGCGGUGUUGAAUUUGGUGACGUUGUUGAGGGAUACGAUGGCUAGGACUACUGGGACGGCGGGUGCGGCUGGUGGCGGGGUGAAGAGUGGAGGUUGA